UGAUUUUGGUCUUAAUAAUAUUAAUAUAUUUGUGCUUCUGUUUGAGUUUUCGGAAUAGUAAAAAAGGAAUUUUUGUUUUUGCAGUGGAGAUAUUUUUAAAAUGUUACAACCUGUAAUGCACAUUUUGAAACAGAAGAACAUUACACUAGCAAGUGGUUCUCCACGAAGAAAAGAAUUAAUUGAAAACAUUGGGCUUAAGGUUGGUUUGUGUCCAUCACUCUUUGAAGAAAACUUAGAUUUUAAGGACUUCGACAGUGUUUCUGAGUUUGUUGAGGAAACGGCUUUGCAAAAAGUAUUGGAGGUAGAAACUCGGCUGAGCAAUAAAGGUCAAAGGCCAGAUGUAGUGAUAGGUGCUGAUACUAUGGUAACUCUUGAUGGACAAAUGUUCGGUAAACCUACAUCAGAAGUUGAAGCAUUUGAAAUGUUGUCUAGGUUGUCGGGCAGAUCUCACACUGUUUACACUGGAGUAGUGGUUAAGUCAUCUGAGGAAGUAACUAAGUUUACAGAAAAAACAGAUGUAUUCUUUGGCAAACUUGAUGAUGAACAGAUAAAAGGAUACAUUGCAACAGGGGAACCCAUGGAUAAAGCUGGUGGUUAUGGUAUACAAGGAGUUGGUGGAUCGUUUGUGGAAAGAGUGGAGGGAGAUUAUUUCACUGUAGUUGGCUUACCCAUAUACAGAUUAUGUUCUGUGUUGUAUAGAAUGUUCAAAGAAUCAAAAUAACUUGUUAAUUUGAAAUAGAAUAGCAUUUUUAAGACAUAAAACUUGUGUUCAUAAAACAAUGCCUAUUAUGUAAUUGUAUAAAGAAUUUUUGUAUGUAUAAUGUAGUUAGUGACAAGCAAAAGCUCCUUUACUUUUUUUUGUGA